CCGGUCUCCCCGGACCCCGCAUUCGCUAUAGCCGGUCUCCCCGGACCCCGCAUUCGCUAUAGCCGGUCUCCCCGCACCCCGCAUUCGCUAUAUCCUGUCUCCCCGCACACCGCAUUCGCUAUAUCCGGUCUCCCCGGACCCCGCAUUCGCUAUAUCCGGUCUCCCCGGACCCCGCAUUCGCUAUAUCCGGUCUCCCCGGACCCCGCAUUCGCUAUAUCCGGUCUCCCCGGACCCCGCAUUUCCUAUAUCCGGUCUCCCCGGACCCGCAUUCGCUAUAUCUGGUCUCCCCGGACCCCGCAUUCGCUAUAUCCUGUCUCCCCGGGACCCCGCAUUCGCUAUAUCCGGUCUCCC